CCUCCCCGAAGCGCGACCAUGCUGCUAAGGGGCGUCCUCCUGGCAGUGCAAGCCCUGCAGCUUGCGGGAGCCCUGGACCUGCCCGCGGGUUCCUGCGCCUUUGAAGAGAACACCUGCGGCUUUGACUCGGUGCUCCAGUUUCAGCCCUGGUUUUUAAACGAGGAAGGCCAUUACAUUUACGUGGACACCUCCUUUGCCAAACAGGGGGAAAAGGCCGUGCUGCUAAGUUCUGACCUACAGGCUGAGGAAUGGAGCUGCCUCCGACUGGUCUACCAGAUAACUGCGUCUUCAAGGUUUCUGUCAGAUACCAGCCGGCUGAACCUCUAUGUGAGAUUUGAAGACGAAAGCUUUGAUCGCUUGCUUUGGUCAGCUAAGGAGCCUUCUGACAGCUGGCUCAUAGCCAGCUUGGACUUACAGAACACUUCCAAGAAAUUCAAGAUUUUAAUAGAAGGUGUGCUGGGCCAGGGAAACACAGCCAGCAUUGCACUCUUUGAAAUCAAGAUGACAACCGGCUACUGUAUCGAAUGUGACUUCGAAGAAAACCACCUGUGUGGCUUUGUGAACCGCUGGAACCCCAAUGUGAACUGGUUUGUCGGAGGAGGAAACAUUCGGAACUCCCCUUCCAUUCUCCCGCAGGAUCACACCUUCAAGAACGAACUAGGCCACUACAUGUACGUGGACUCGGUUUACGUCAAGCACUUCCAGGAGGUGGCGCAACUCAUCUCCCCGAUGACCACGGCCCCCAUGUCCGGCUGCCUGUCGUUUUAUUACCAACUCCAGCAGGGGAAUGACAAUAUCUUCUCCCUCUACACUCGGGAUGGGGCUGGCCUUUACGAGGAAAUCUGGAAAAUGGACAAGCCAGGGAAUGGUGUGUGGAAUCUUGCUGAGGUGGAGUUCAGCGCGCCGUACCCCAUGGAGGUUAUUUUUGAAGUUGCUUUCAAUGGUCCUAAAGGAGGGUAUGUUGCCCUGGAUGAUAUUUCUUUCUCUCCUGUUCACUGCCAAAAUCAGACAGAACUUCCUUUCAGUGCCAUGGAAGCCAGCUGCGAUUUCGAGGAAGAUCUCUGCAACUUUUAUCAAGACAAAGAAGGUCCAGGCUGGACCCGGGUGAAAGUAAAACCAAACAUGUAUCGGGCCGGAGACCACACAUCAGGCAUCGGGUAUUACUUGCUGGCCAACACAAAGUUUACAUCUCAGCCUGGCUACAUUGGAAGGCUCUACGGUCCGUCCCUGCCGGGAAAUUUGCAGUAUUGUCUACGUUUUUAUUAUGCCAUCUAUGGGUUUUUAAAAAUGAGUGACACCCUAGCAGUUUACAUCUUUGAAGAGAACCACGUAGUUCAAGAGAAAAUUUGGUCUGUGCUGGAGUCUCCAAGGGGUGUCUGGAUGCAAGCUGAAAUCACCUUCAAGAAGCCUAUGCCAACCAAGGUGGUUUUCAUGAGCCUAUGCAAAAGUUUUUGGGACUGUGGACUGGUAGCCCUGGAUGACAUUACGGUACAGUUGGGAAGCUGCUCGUCUCCAGAGGGGCUUCCACCUCCACCUGGAGAGUGUACUUUCGAACAAGAUGAAUGUGCCUUUACCCAGGAGAGAAGAAACCGGAGCAGCUGGCACAGGAGGAGGGGAGAAACCCCCACCUCCUACACAGGACCAAAGGGAGAUCACACUACUGGGGUAGGGUACUACAUGUACAUCGAGGCCUCCCACAUGGUGUAUGGACAAAAAGCACAUCUCUUGUCCUGGCCUCUGAGAGGAGUCACCGGAAAACACUGCUUGACCUUUUUCUACCACAUGUAUGGAGCAGGGACUGGCCUGCUGAGUGUUUAUUUGAAAAGGGCAGGCGAUAGUGAAGAGUCCCUCUUAUGGCGAAGAAGAGGCGAACAGAGCAUUUCCUGGCUACGGGCGCUGAUCGAAUACAGUUGUGAGUCCCAGCACCAGGUAAUUUUUGAAGCCAUUCGGGGAGUGUCAAUAAGAAGUGAUAUUGCCAUUGAUGAUGUUAAAUUUCAAGCAGGACCCUGUUCAGAAAUGGAAGAUAUGACCCAGCAGUCAUCAGGAUAUUCUGAGGAUUUAAAUGAAAUUGAGUUUUAA